GUGUAGCAGCGCCUACGUGGGCGAGCGGUGCCAGCUGCCCAACCCCUGCCUCAGCUCCCCCUGCAAGAAUGCUGGUACCUGCACACCGGCGGUGCGUGGCAGCACCGUGGACUACACCUGCGCCUGUUCCCUGGGCUUCAGCAAAACCUGCCAGCAGGCCGACCCCUGCGCCUCCAACCCCUGCGCCAACGGGGGCCAAUGCGUCCCCUUCGAAGCCCACUACAUCUGCCGGUGCACCCCCAGCUUCCACGGGGCCAACUGCAAGCAAGAUGUCAAUGAGUGCAACAUCUCGCCUCCCGUCUGCAAGAACGGGGGGAGCUGCACUAAUGAGGUGGGCACCUACCAGUGCUCCUGCAAGCCAGCCUACACUGGACAGAACUGUGAGCACCUCUACGUCCCCUGCAACCCCUCGCCCUGCCAGAAUGGGGGGACGUGCCGCCAGAUCGGAGAUACCACCUACGACUGCACCUGCCUGCCAGGGUUCACAGGCCAGAACUGUGAGGAGAACAUCAAUGACUGCCCGGGCAACAACUGCAAGAAUGGGGGCACCUGUGUGGAUGGCGUCAACACCUACAACUGCCAAUGCCCGCCCGAGUGGACAGGUCAAUACUGCACUGAGGAUGUGGAUGAGUGCCAGCUGAUGCCCAACGCCUGCCAGAAUGGAGGCACUUGCCACAACAACCACGGCGGCUACAACUGCGGCUGUGUCAAUGGCUGGGGAGGAAACUUUGAUGCCGGUGCCAUGGCUGCCUGCUUCCCCGGGGCCCCCUGCCACGACCGGGUGGCCUCUUUCUACUGCGAGUGCCCCCAUGGCCGCACAGGUUUGCUGUGCCACCUCGACGAUGCCUGCAUCAGCAACCCCUGCAAUGAGGGCUCCAACUGCGACACCAACCCCGUCAACGGCAAAGCCAUCUGCACGUGUCCUUCGGGUUACAUGGGGCCGGCCUGCAACCAGGAUGUGGACGAGUGCUCACUGGGAGCCAACCCUUGCGAGCAUGCAGGGAAAUGCAUCAACACCCAGGGCUCCUUCCAGUGCCAGUGUCUGCAGGGCUACUCAGGCCCUCGCUGUGAGAUCGAUGUCAAUGAGUGCCUCUCCAACCCCUGCCAGAACGAUGCCACCUGCCUGGACCAGAUUGGGGAGUUCCAGUGCAUCUGCAUGCCCGGUUACGAGGGGGUUUAUUGCGAGAUCAACACGGACGAGUGCGCCAGCAGCCCCUGCCUGCACAACGGCAACUGUCUGGACAAGAUCAAUGAGUUCCACUGCGAGUGCCCCACUGGCUUCAACGGGCACCUGUGCCAGUUUGACAUCGAUGAGUGUGCCAGCACCCCUUGCAAGAACGGCGCCAAGUGUGUGGAUGGCCCCAACACCUACAGCUGCGAGUGCACUGAAG